UGAAUAGGCAGAUUCAAACCAUUCUUUUUUGACCGCCAUACACUAUGCACAUGCGCAUCUCCGAUUCUUUUUAUUUGGCCAUUUAAAUUGGUCGUGUCCUCUGUCUCUUUUUAAAAAGUAAGUUUCUUUAUUUAGUGUCGCCUCUUGUUACAUCUACUCUUUGCGCAUGUGUCGAUGUUGGUUACAAAGCUUGCUUCAAACCAAUAGAAACUGACCGCACAAUAUGUUGGUAGUGGUGGCGCUGUAGUAGAAAUAUAAAUUCAAAAGAACAACGGUUGAUCGUGUCUGGACGAGUAAAGUUUGUUCUGUCUUAUUUACGCGCGUGUUAGGUCUUAAAUACUUAAGUAAAUGUAAGAUUAGUUUACCAGUUGUUGUAUUGAAAGUUAAGCUUUGUAAUUUUGCGUUAAAACGUGUAAAGCAGAGAUACAACAAUGUCUAACAUACCUAAAUGGGAACCAAUAGUACAGGAGACUAUUGUAAAACUCCGAAAUGCGUUAUCCCAUUUACACAACGUAUGGGAAGAAAUAGGAUUCAGUGAAGAAACUCGGAAUAUAUAUUGCAAGCAAGUAUUCAAUCAUUUAAAUGAUCUGUUAAAUGAUAUGGUUUCAGAAUCAGAAUUGAAGAAAAAGACGAUUUUAGAUAACGUUAAAAAAUUAAUGGAGCAAAUUGCUGUGUUAACGAAAGAAUUGGGAACAGACGUAGUAAUUAGUGGAUAUGAAAAUUUACCACUGAAGGAAGUAGAACAAGUGCUACUCACUGAUCUGCAUAAAUUGCAAUACUGCAAGGAACAACGUCUGACACAUUUAAAGGAACUGCUUGCAAAGGAAAGGUCUCUUUGUAAGAUAUUGGGUACACAACCAAUUAAUAUAGAAGAAAAAUUACCUUCGGAGGAAGAACUUAACAGUUUUAAACUUUAUUUGGAAAAACAAGAAGCAGAGAAAAAUCGUUUAGAAGCUAUUUUCAAAGAAAUGCGUAGAGCAAUUGUUAAAAUGAUGGAUGAUAUGGGUAUAUCACCAUCUUCAAAUUUUGAACACAUAAUAUCUAAAGAUAGUGAGAAUUUUGUAUUCAGUAAUAACAAUAUGACUAAAUUGAGAGAACUUAGAGAUAAGCUUAAGCAUCAAGCAGAUGAAGCAAAGGAACACGCAGAAGAUAUUAAACGGGAAUUGAUUGCAUUAUGGAAAUAUCUUGAUGAACCAGAACAUGUUUGUCAAUCGUUUCUUGACAGCUAUACAGGAUAUAGCAUAGUAACCAUAAAUGCAUUAACAUCAGAAUUAGAACGAUGUAAAGAAAAGAGGAGACAAAAUAUUGCUAAGUAUGUAGCACAAGUGAGAUCUGAGUUGACAAGAUUAUGGGAUUUAUGUAAAUUUAGUGAAGAGCAAAAGAAACAAUUUGUACAUUAUAAUUCUCACACCUACACAGAAGAUUUAUUAACUUUACAUGAACUGGAAGUAAAAAGGGUUCAAGAGUUUUAUGAAGCCAAUAAGCCUAUCUUUGAGCUCUUAGAAGAACGUGAUAAUUUAUGGGUAAAAAUGAAAGAAUUGCUGCAACGUGCAAAUGAUCCAGAUCGUUUUUAUAAUCGUGGAGGUCAGCUGUUAAUGGAAGAAAAAGAACGUAAAACAAUUCAGAAAAAAUUGCCAAAAAUAGAAGAGCAACUUCGAAGCUUAAUAAAAGAGUAUGAAAGUUUGCAUGGUGAAGUAUUUACCAUAAAUGGAAUAUCCAUAGAAGAAGUGUUACAAGAAUCAUGGGAACACCUGAACGAAGAAAAAGAAACAAUAAAAAAGGCUAGAAAAGAAGCAAAAGACAAAUCAGUAAAAAAGGCAACAUUAAGUGCUUCCAAGAAAACUGCUUCAAGUUCAACAAAGAAAACCCCCACUAUAUUGAGCACUCGUCGUCCUACACCAGUUAGUUCCACAAAGAGAAAACUGUUAUUUAGUUCUUCUCCAAACUCUUCAGCCAAACGUAGAAAUGUAUCUGUAAUAGGUACUGGAUCUAAAAUUCGAAAAAGUGCUAAAGCUUCCAAGAAAACACCACAAUCUGCAAGUAAAAUCCCUCAGAAGGAGAACUCAAUGUCUCAGAGUUCAGCAGAUACAACUUAUAGUCAGUUUAAAGAACACUUGAAAGAUAAACAGGAGUUGCGCAGCUCUUUGUUAUCAGAACAGGUAUUAUUCAAUGCAACUAAAUCCAAACUGAGGACACCAGUACGAACACCUGUAAAACCAACAAGAAAAAAUUUAUUAACUCCUUCAGGUGUAGCAUCAGGAACACCUUCAAAGUUUUCACAGUCACAAUUACAUAGAUCACCUAGAAGUCCUAGAAUCGCACAAUCAUCGAGGCUUGCUGCCAUAACACCUUUACCAAUAAUAUUUUGAAGUACAUAUAAAAUUUUAUAAAUAAUCUUUCAAGUACAGAGCCUAGAUUUGAAACAUAAACAAUUAUGUGGAGUCACUAAGAUCUAGCAUUAAAAAUUCGUUAAAUCAUAUAAAAUAAAAUAUGUGUUUAAUGUAUAUUUGUUGGUAUUUUAAUAUUGUAUGGAAUCAUCACUGUAUAUUAAAAUUCGUACAUUUCAAAGAUGCAAGUCUCUCAGCUUUGUACUCUAAAGAUUAAAUAUAUUUUGUAUGUGUAUAACUUACUUAGUACAAACUUUAUUACCAUAUUUAUACAGUUAACAAACAAUAUUUUAUGACUAAUAUAAUUUAAUUUCUUCAGAGAGUUUAGUUGUCACUUAAUCAGAAUAACUGUAUAUUAUAUAUUUCCAUUAGGUAUGUGCAACCAGUAAUGAAUCUCAUUGAAAUAUCUUCUAUACUAUUUCUUUCUUUUAUUUCAUGUUAUUAGCUUAUUAAUAUGUCUUUCACAUUUUUAUAUUUAAUUUUAACUUUUUGUAUCAAUGUAUAUUUAGUAUGAAUUCAA